AUGACUUCUGCUCCAACGUAUUCCGAAGCCGAAUGGCGAAAACUGGUUAAAAUGCAGGCCGAGAUUGCGGAGGAACGUCGCGCCGCUCUCGAAGCCAGUCAAGAGGCCAUGGCUCGCCUGAUGCGUCUUGACCGCCAUGAAGCCUUGCUCCGCGAUCGGGCUGGUGACUUCAUUGCCCGUGAUUACAAUAAGAUUGCCCAGCUCGAGGAACUUGAGCGUCGUGAGAAAGAAGAGAUCGAGCGUCUCGAAAAAGAACGUGUCGAGGCCGAUCGUCGUAAAGAGUUCUUGCGGCAACGUGUGCUGGUGGUGAUCCUACUCUGA